AUGGUAUAAGUGCACUUUGGACAAAUUUAUUUUAUCAAGGCCAACAUUGAAAGCAAGUUGAACAACCUUGGAUUUAAAUAAGUUGCACUAUUCAACUAUGGCGGAAACCAGUGAGUAUGAUGAGACAGGAACGAGUAAGGUUAUGAUGCUUGAGAGCGAAGACGGUGGACAAAUUAAAGUGAUUGACAUUGGUGGAAUUAUUUUUCCUAUGCCCUUUUUCGACAGUGAAGAGGCUGUACUAAAACGGCUCUCCUUAGUGAAGAAUCUCCAGUAUAAAAGCGGUGAUGUAAUGAUAUGUAGCUAUCCGAAAACAGGAACACACUGGACAGCCAAUCUCAUAUACUUCCUUCAGCAUCCCGAUGGUCCGUUGGAAGAUAAGGUUUCACAUGGUGGUUGGCUAAUAGAUUUAUAUGGCAUAAAAGACUCUGAAAAAGAUGAAAACAGAAGACUUUUAACAUCACACCUACAUCCAAAACGUCUGCCAAGAGACCAUUUUGCAAACGGCGGAAAAACUAUUCUUGUCUUCAGGAACCCAAAGGAUUCAGCCGUCUCGAUGUACUACAUGAUGCGAAAACAGAAAGUUGUUGGUGAUUUUAAUAUAUCAUGGGACAAGUUUCUUAGUUAUUGGCUUGAAGGAAAAAUCUUAUUUGGAUCGUACUUUGAUUACUACAAUAAAUGGCAAGCGGAACUCAAAACUAAUUCAAAAAUGGAUGUUCUUAUUGUUCAGUAUGAAAAUCUGAAAAAGAACAGUUUACACGAGGUUCGCCGAAUACAGAAUUAUCUCGGUACUAAUCACUCAGAUGAGCGUUUACAAGAAGUUAUAAAUAGAUGUUCUAUCGAUUAUUUGAGAAAUGACGUUGAAAGUGGAAAGGUGGAGACAAGUCUAAAAGAUGAUAAAGGAAAGUCGGUGCUUUAUAGGAAAGGUAUCAUUGGUGACUGGAAGAAUCAUUUUACAGUUGCACAAAACGAGGAGUUCGAGAAAAUUACAAAUGAGAAAAUGAAAGACAGUAUAUUCAACUAUAAAGCAUGGAACUGAUUGCAUUUGUAAUCUUCUAUGAACUCAAAGUUAACUUACAUAAUUAGCAUACAUCAUGUUCAUUGUUGUUUUGAAAACAAAAAGUUCUAAUCUCUAAAAGUACAAACAUAAUCAGAGUUACAUAAAUCCCGUCGUGUUAAUUGUUAAACAACAUGAAAUCUGAAGAUGACAUAUUGUCAAAACUAAAGUUAUGUUUCUAUUAGAUUAAUGAUCGAGAAGAUAACAAGUGUACUUGGUUUAUUAUGUCGUGUCUAUUUGUACCUUUGAAAUUAAAUAAAUAGUAAAACUU